AUGCGCAUCCGUGCUCUCAGGAUUCCAUCUUUGCUCAUAUCAGGUGUAGACGAGCGUGCUGCCCAGAAGCUUUUCGCUUCAUCGUAUACCAUCGAACAAGUUUUCCCCAAGCUCCGUAGUCUCAUCGCCGAUAGCGUCAACGGGCGCCGUUCAUGGAGUCCUGGAUUCUAUUGUAGCUUCUUCUCCUCCAAUCUCUCCACUCUGAACGUGGAGUUCAGCGCAAAUACUGAUGCAGUGGAAGCCUGGCAGCUACUGUCAAAGCAGAGCCCGCUUUUAAGGUCAUUGAAGAUCACUCCGUUCCGGGGCCUACACCGUGUCAUACGUGGAUCUCCCACAGUACUAUUUGGCCCGAUGUCUCGUGCCGUUGAACGGCUUCGUCUGCUCGAGCACCUGGAGUGCCCAGACCUUGACAAUAACGCUCUACAUGCUGUCUCACAACUGCCGUCCCUUAGGUAUCUUUCUUUGUGGACGAAACAAACCCUACUUCCCACUCCGACAGCAAUGGCACUGCGCUUUCCUGCUCUACAAACGCUAGAACUCUACUCCGAAGAUUACAAAAACACCAUGAACUUUUUACGUAGUCUGGAGACUCCUCCAACAACAGUGAUGCUAGCGGAUUUGAAACUCUCUUCGACAAAGAUGGAGGAAUUCUUGUCCCUUCUGUCGCAGGCGCAUUCACAACGAUUGGAAGAUCUUGAAAUAAAUGGAGACCUCGAUAUAGGCUAUAUCUUAGACACCGAGACCGUAAUCACCAUAAAGACUCUUCGACCGCUGCUUUGCCAGAGAUCAUUGAAACGUCUCUACUUGUGUUGUAUAGAACUCCAGCUGUCUCUUUCCCAAACCGACGUGCAGGAGAUUGCACUCUCCCUUCCUCUUCUUGAGGAGGUGGAGAUCCGCUUGGGCUCAGAGGCUUUGGUCACCCUCGACGGCUUAUGGCAAUUUGUUCAAAGUCUCUCUCACCUAACUCGCCUUCACGUUGGCGUUGACAUCUCGGGUAAUCUGGAUCUAAGUGAUGAAGCGUCCACUGCGCUCGCCACGCCCUCGAAACUCGGAUCUAUAUCGCUGGAUUUGCCGCGCGGAGACAACCUCAGUGCGCUCAUCACGAUGAUAUCGCGGUGUUUCCCAGCUCUCGAACGGCUGAAACUAGUGUCCUCUACCCACUUCGACACACAUACUAGCCCGGAAACCUUGGAGCCCUUGCUCCGGCUACACAGGCUAAAAGAGGUUAACCUAGACUUAAGUCUUCAAUAUAAUCUGUCGGACACCGAUCUCGCCACGAUGACGAUCGCCUGGCCAAACCUCGACGUACUCUCGGCUCAUGGUGCAUCCAAUGGACCGUUUGAGCCUACGUCUACGUCAGUGACGCUCGACGGCAUACUGGCUCUCCGGGAAACCAGGAUUUCCAGGGCCGUCUUGCAGGUUUAUCUCACCAACCACCCGCUCAACUUGGAGCAACUCCUGGAGAGAUGGAAGGGCUUUCCGCCGAAUAGGACGAUGGAUACUCUGGAGAUAUGGAACGUCUCCUCCGAGGAUAUUUCCAAGCACAAAUGGGCAGAUAUACUCGUCUUACUAACCGUGGUUUUCGUGAGGCUGAAGUUCCGAGUUUCUUGGCGGAUGCCACGCGUUCAGGAGAUUGAAGGAGAUCCGCGCCAGGAGGAACAUAGCGGAAAUGAGCGCUGA